AUGCGCCCCUUCGAGUUUGGGGCACAGCUACCCCCAAACGACGACGAUUACUAUGGGUUUAAUUUUGCCUCCCCUGUCGCUGCCAAUCCAUAUGCAUCAGACAUACGGAUGCCUGUGCCCGUGUGGCCAUGGCGUGGUUUUGCGCCACCUUCUGAGUCCAAUGCGUCUGCCAGCGGCUCCGGUCUCCAGUCACAGCAGUCGCUCGUCAACGCCAACGAUCGCCAGCAUGAUAUCCCCCCACAGCUACCGUCUUCCAGCAGCUUUGACUUCCAACCGCAGCAGUCACUUGUCGACGCCAACAAUCGCCAGUAUGACAUCCCCCCACAGCUACCGUUUUCCAGCGGCUCUAGCUUCCAGCCGCAGCAGUCUCUCGCCAACAUCAACGUCAACGUCAAAAAUCUUCAUUAUGACGUUUACCAACAGCUAUGGUCUAACUACGGCCCAGAGGCGCCCGGUUACUUGGCAUCGCCCGCGUAUGAUCCAAUCCUCAACGAGAGGCAGCCUCUCGGCUCCUUCUUUCCGGACUUCAGCCAGGCAGUUCCGUCCAUGGACAAUGAUAUACUAUUACCAGUUGGUCCCGAAUAUCGCGACGAACCACGUCAAGAGCGUAUCUUUGGAGUCGAGGGUACUUUGGGUCAAAUGUCCAGUAGGAAGCGCAAGGACCGCGGCGACAAUCCGCAGACAGAGUACAACAAUCGGCUGCCACGGAAGAGGAUUAAUCUCAGGAGAUUGACAACAAACGCACUGACCAUGCUCUUAGCAGAUACUGAGAAAUUCGCGGUUCCCUCUUGGCCCCAGCUUGUCACUUCACCCCAUCCAUUUGCACCCCCGCAAGCGGGGCCAUCCACGGUUCCCUCCCAGUCUGUUGUUUCGCAUCCUCCUUCUGCAUCACUGGACUCGAUACCCUCCACAGUUUCCUCCCAGUCCGUCGUUUCAUACCAUCUGUCUGCACCCCUCAAUUCACAGCCAUUCAUGGUUCCUUCCCAAUCUGUCGUUUCACAACCUCUGUCUGCACCCUUCGAUUCGCAGCCACUCACGGUUCCUUCCCAGUCCAUCGUCUCACACCCUACGUCUGCACCCCUCAAUUCGCAGUCAAUCACAGUUCCCUCCCAGCCCGUCGCUGCUCCGGCCGUAUCUUUCCCCGAUAUCUCAGAGCUUUCAUACAACCCAGCGAACUUGGCACACAAGAAAAUUGUCUCUCCCUGUCAUCCCAUUUGGACAGAAGACAUUGGGUUGAAACGAGGUUGGAGGAGUCGGCUACAAAACAAUAUCGUCAUCCAGGUGAGCCGGCAUAUACUAUGGGCUCUCGGCAAUUCGACGACGCUCUAUAUGGUACUCUCUGAUCCCUGCAAAAGUCUGAUGCAAACGUGCAAGAGGAUCGCACGCUCCAAGGUGAUAUUGUACCAUCUACGUCCUGGAAUACGGUCAAGGGUCAACGAACACCAGUUUCGGAUAAACAAGAUCGAGGGACUUCUCAGCAAAGGGACGUUCCCACUGAGAUUUACCUUUGGUGAGGAUGAGUUCGGUAACUUACACUUCCUCGAAGAUGAGGUGGUGUUGCAUGUCGUCCUGGACAUUGUCGUGGAACUCAAACUCCGCCGCCACCUUGUCAAUCUGGAUAGUUUAUUUUGCUUGGCUGCCGCUGCUGUCAGAUGCGCCUUGAAUGAACUCCAGACUGAUCAAUUUACUCAUAUUGAAUUUACGGCAGAAGGUUAUCAAGAGUUCUACAACAACCUACUUAACUACCUUAAAAGCAUCUCUAGCGACCCAGUGUUUUUAGCCCGUUGGGAAGAUUACAAAGAACACACUUUGGCGAGACUCGCAGAGAUCUCCUAG